AUGCACAGCGUAGCUUUGGACUCCGUUCCCUACUCCUUGAUUGUCAUGCAUUGUCUGAAGUAUCCACAUAAUGGAGUAGCAGGAAUUUUGAUGGGAACUUCUGAGGGAGGUCAUAUCAAGGUGAAAGAGAUUGUUCCAGUGACACAUCAGGGGAACCCUCUGUCUCCUUUGUUGGAGAUCUCACUCAUGCUCGUCCAACAACGUAUGAAAGAAGUCGUCGGAGUCUACUUUUCCACAAAACAGUUGCGCGACGAUUUACUGAUCGCUUCAGCUAUGAAGCUAGCAGAAAAGGUAGCUGUUUUCAACAAAUGCUCGCCAGUGGUUCUUCGUCUGAUGAAUGAGAAUCUCAGUGACCUGUCAGAGAACCCAUUCAAGGCUUCAGCCUUGAGAGCAGAAAGCCUACAGACAUAUGACAUCGAAAUGAAGGUGUCGGAUCAGAACAUGGCUAUGCUCCAGAAUUGUGUUGACAAGAAGCUUUCAUAUCGUGUACUGGACAUUGAGAAUCAUCUCAGCAACGAAGAUAACGAUUACUCCAACGCACAACUGAUCGCCGAUAUGAAAGCUUAA